CACAAAACUACUAUUAUCCACGGACAAAAUCAACUCAUCACCUAACUCGGUCCUUUAUGUCUUUAAAGUUCCGCCCGAGAAAGCAUAAAUUUAGGUACUAGGUAUAAUAACUUUGUAUCACGUGCUACCUACCCUUAUACCCUUCCGUUUUAUUCGAGUUUCCAACCCAAAUUGAUUUAAAGAUGGUCGGUUAUCUCAGCAACGAAUCGCUCCCGAGCUGCGUUCCUGCGUGUCCGGCUCGGUGCUCCCCAACGCUCUCCCACGCCCCGGGCAUAAGUAGGUAGACAGGAAUAUUCAAUGGCGUACGAGAAGCGAACUGUAAUAAAUAACAAUAAGUCCAUGGCAUGGACUAGGACGCCACGAGGCUUGUCAUUCAUCAGGUAAAUCAAUAGUACUGAAAGUAUAUACGUAAACACAUGGACACGCGCACACAUAUAUAUACCUAACCUACAUAUACAUACCUGCGUAUCCCUAGAUUCUAGGUUUGCCAAACUUUGUCUUGUCUUGGGGCCAAUUAAAAAAAAGGUAGGACGACGGCAUCUACUUGGAUUCUCCCGGCUCGAUUCUCGUCCUUCCUCACCUCAUAUCCCAUCUGUCCCCUCUUCAUCCUUAUCCUUGAACUCGUUUCACGUAUACCUAUCUCCUCGGAAAUUUCCUAUGGCCGAAUUGUCACGGAAGACGUCCGAGGAAAAAGGUGGCCCUUCGACGGCAGCCAUACCCGACGAUACAGACAAGACCAACGAUGUAGAAAAGACAGCCGACGCGAAGCCAGCGCGGCCGGAACUUGUCGACGAUGCUGAAGAGAAUUUCAAGCCGAAAACUUUCAAGUUCUGGUCCGUUAUGUUCAGUAUAUACAUCGCUCUGUUCUUAGUCGCUCUCGACCGGACCAUCAUCGGCACAGCGAUCCCAGCAAUAACACAAGAUUUCAACAGUCUGGGGGAUAUCGGUUGGUACGGCUCAGCCUAUCAGUUAACCACGGCUGCGUCUCAGCUGGUAUUUGGUAGAGUUUAUAAGUUUUACGAUAUCAAAAGGGUCUUCCUAUUUGUCGUUGCGAUUUUCGAGAUCGGUUCUGUCAUAUGUGGCGCGGCUCCAAAUUCGAUUGCCUUCAUCCUUGGCCGUGCCAUAGCCGGUUUUGGGGCCGCGGGUAUCUUCACCGGGGUCUCGGUCAUCAUGCUUCCACUGGUACCUCUCCGAAAGCGACCCAUGUUUCAAGGAGUCAUGGGGACUAUUUUCGGCAUCAGUUCUGUCUUGGGUCCUCUUAUAGGCGGUGCUUUCACAGACCGCGUUACCUGGAGAUGGUGCUUUUAUAUCAAUCUUCCCGUCGGGGGCGUUGCGGCGUUAUGCCUUCUAGCUGUAAAAAUUCCGACAAGACCAACAGAGCCAGCAAAGCUUUGGGAACACUUUACUCGACUAGACCCUUUGGGGACGCUCUUCUUUGUUCCAAGUAUCGUCUGCCUCUUGCUCGCGCUUCAAUGGGGUGGAUCAACGUACGAAUGGGGUAGUUGGCGCAUCAUCCUUCUACUGGUUAUUUUCGGCGUUUUAUUUCUCGCUUUUAUGGCAGUUCAGGUGUUGAUGCCCAAUACAGCGACCGUUCCCGUCAGAGUAAUUGGGCGACGUAGCAUUGCCGCCGCGGCUAUGUUCAUGUUCGCCGUCGCUGCGUCAAUGAUGAUGAGCGUUUACUAUCUGCCGCUAUGGUUCCAAACUAUACAGGGCGUGAGUGCCGUACAGUCCGGUAUCGAUACGAUACCCCUCGUCCUAAGUCUGGUCGUAUCCAGUAUAAUAUCUGGUAUCUUCACACAGAAAGUGGGAUAUUAUGUUCCCUCGAUGUUAGCCUGUCCCAUGAUAAUGGCUGUGGGACAAGGCUUGAUGAGCACCUUCAGGGUCAAUGAAGAUUCUCCCCACUAUAUUGGAUACCAGAUCAUCGUCGGUUUCGGUCUUGGUUUUGGCAUGCAAACGGCCGGCCUUUCUGCACAGGCCGUGCUUCCCAAACCCGAUAUUCCCACCGGCAUCGCCCUCAUGUUCUUCUGCCAGCAGUUAGGCGGAGCCAUUUUCGUAUCUGUCGGCCAAAACCUUUUAACCAGUUACAUCGUCGGACAUGUGGCCAAUAUCCCGGGGCUCGAUCCCAAGUCAAUCCCUAGCUCAGGCGCCACAGACAUCGUCAACAAGGUCCCACCUGAGUAUCGGUCUCAGAUAAAGGAGCUUUACAACAAAGCCAUCUCGAGGAUAUUCAUAUGCGGUAUGGGCGUAGCACUGGUCGCCUUGGUAGCAGCGCUUUUCAUGGAGUGGAAAAAUAUCAAGAAGACCGGGCCUGGGGGUCCACCGGGAGCAAGGCCGUCGGAACCGAAGGAGAACGACUCGACUUCUGCUGAAGAGGAACAGCAAAAAUCCCCUACGCAGGAUGUAAUAUCGAGUACGCCGAGACUUUCGAUUAGAUUAAGCGGAGAUAAACGAAGUUCUGUUGAUUCAGUUCAUCAACCGCAAGGAUCACCCGAUACGAAGACCGUUCCGGAGACGCAAGUCGCCCCUUUGAAAGACUAAGCAAGCCCCUGAUAAUAAAAAUAAACAGAGUGCUAUAACCGAAACUGUUAUAGGAAUAAACUUAGAUUUCCAGAAAUACUAAGUUAACUAAUAUAUCGGUUGUUCUUGUCAUAGAUAAACACCUACCUAACCUAAGGUCAGGGUUAGAUUUGGAUACGAAUAUGUAAAUAAUUUGAGGGCAAUUCUGACAGAGUAUAUAUUGCCUUAGCCUCGAUAGAAUUACCUUUAAUAGUAAUUAAUAAGAUGAGUAUCUAUUAUAUUACGGAAAACCCUAAUAAAGUUGAAAAUAUAUAUGUAGCAAACGCCACGUCUGAUGUUGUAAGCUUAUUUUGCUUCAUGCGGUAGCAUUUUCUUAUCCUUCGUUAUAAAGGUAUUACUGUGCAGUUGUACGUGGAUAAAGUGGAUUAGGUGGAUAACAC